AUGUACAGCGGCACUUUUCGGUGGCUCGAGUCCAAAGUAUUUCCGCAAUUUCCACCAUAUCCGUCACAGUCUGUGAGCCUGUCAGCUGGCUGGAAGCAGUUCUUGACCUCCAGAAGCUCCUCUAGUGCUCAUGUAGACCUCGUGGCUACGGCGACAUACGAUGCAUCGAUGCUGGACGCGCUGAGCUUUCCCAUUACGCUGCUGCACGUGACGCAGCUGUUACAGCUCUGCACGGGCCCGGAGCUGCGUGUGUUAGUAAUUGGAGCUUCGCAGAAGGCGGAGCAACGUAUAUGGCGCAUCACUAAUUACUGGAACGAGGUGGCCGCCUUCUACGCCGACGCCAAAGUCACACUCUUCUUUAUCGGUCCAGAAGUUGACGAUCGGGACGAAACAGUAAAGGAAGAUCAGCCCGAGAACCUCACAGUUCAUCACUUUAAAGGAACAUUCGGGGACUUCCAGGAUUCGCAGCUCUUCAGUGACUGUACACCCGAGACUUCUAUCAUUAUAGGAUACAACACCGGCUUCGGCAACUUUGUGGACUCGCAAAGACACGAAUUACUCUUCAGCUGGUUACCAGAUCUUCGUCGCAUCGCCGAGUCAAAGAUCCCAGCCAUUUUUACUUGCGCCAAUGACUACGCAGACAUGAAUGGAGAGUUCGCAGUGCAGUCACGGAUCAUCGGCGCUAACAUGUUGCUACUACCCAAGCAGAACCCCUUUAGUGCCGCCUCACACUUCCACGAAGAAGAAAAACGAGAUACAGCUUGGUCUCGUGGGAGCAGCUUCAUGUAUGUUGUAUGUGGAGUCGAUAGGACACGGCGAUUCCAGGUGGAACUCGGAGACGUGAAGGCGCUACAGAAGCGCCUGGAUGCAGAGCUAGAUAUCCACCUGAAAGACCGGCUGAGUCGCCAUUUCUACAAAGGUACGACGCCUCGAUUCGAGUUGAUGUCAGGUCAACAGGAGAACGAGAUCGUCGUAGCCAUUCAUGUACCCAAGAUGAAGUCACCCUCGGAGCAGAUUGCAGUGGAUCUCACCGACUCUGUGUUAACGGUAUUUGUACCGGGGAAAUACCUGCUGAAGACCAAGUUACCUUUCCAAGUUGAGGAAGCAGCAGGAUCGUUGCAAGCGAUGCUGACACUCCCCAUUCUUCGUGUUGCGCUUCGUAAAAAAGUGAAAUAUUAA